AGCAGUAGCAGCAGCAGCAGCAGCAGCAGCAAAAGCGUCAGCAGCAAAAGCAAACGUCAGCAGGAGCAGCAUCAAUAGCAAAAAAAAAAAAAUUUUUUUUUUUUUCUCAUCAAAUCCUCACCUAGGCUUUCAGUGUAUCCAGAUCCACAUCUUCACUCAAGCCCGGAGAGGGAAAGAGGAAAGGGAGGGAGGAAAAAAAAAAAAAAAAAAAAAAAACCCAACAACUUAGCGGAAACUUCUCAGAGAAUGCUCCAAAACUCAGCAGUGUUUCUGGUGCUGGUGAUCAGUGCUUCUGCAACCCAUGAGGCGGAGCAGAAUGAUUCUGUGAACCCCAGGAAACCCCGGGUGGCAGCUCAGAACUCAGCUGAAGUGGUUCGCUGCCUCAACAGUGCUCUGCAGGUUGGCUGUGGAGCUUUUGCAUGCCUCGAAAACUCCACCUGUGACACAGAUGGGAUGUAUGACAUCUGCAAAUCCUUCUUGUACAGUGCUGCUAAAUUUGACACUCAGGGAAAAGCAUUUGUCAAAGAAAGCUUAAAGUGCAUCGCCAAUGGGGUCACUUCCAAGGUCUUCCUCGCCAUUCGAAGGUGCUCCACUUUCCAGAGGAUGAUUGCUGAAGUGCAAGAGGAGUGCUAUAGCAAGCUGAAUGUGUGCAGUGUCGCUAAACGGAACCCCGAAGCUAUCACUGAAGUUGUCCAGCUCCCUAACCACUUUUCCAACAGAUACUAUAAUAGACUUGUCCGAAGCUUACUGGAAUGUGAUGAAGACACAGUCAGCACAAUCAGAGACAGCCUGAUGGAGAAAAUUGGACCCAAUAUGGCCAGCCUUUUUCACAUCCUGCAGACAGAUCAUUGUGCUCAAGCACACCAGAGAGCUGACUUCAACAGGAGGCGCGCUAAUGAACCACAGAAGCUGAAAGUCCUUCUUAGAAACCUCCGAGGUGAGGUAACCUCUCCCUCUCACAUCAAGCGCACCUCGCCUGAGAGUGCAUAACUAGGAGAGGUGUCCACGGCCUCACCAAACUAGGAUCGUUUUAAGGGUGUGCCCACACCAACUUUGAGUGUACUGUGCCUGGUUUGAUUUUUUUU